AUGGCGGACUCCUUGCUCUCAUCCAUUACUACUUUUCAUACGACGAAAAUCAUUGUCACUGACCCAUCAAAGUUUUCGUUUAUUGGCUCCAUUCCUGAAGCAAUGCUCAGUCGUAUUUCAGUGUCGAGUAAUGUUCUUCAACAAUACAGGAAGCAUCCAUCUGUUGGCCCACGAGAACUUACACCGGCCAUGCUUCGUUCAACUGAAGAGGCUGACAAACCAGCUAAGAGAGGUAAGAAACCUGAAACUCGGAAAGAGGGACCAGUCAACAAACCAACCAAGGGGCAAACCCCCAAGAAGCGAAAAUCUGAUAAACCUGCUACUUCUCAGGCUCAACUGAAAAAGCAGAAGAAGCCCGCUAGGAUACUUAUUCUUCAAUCCUCAAGUGUUUCGGAUUCAGAAUAUGUCCCUCCUAAGCAUAAAACCGCUCCUCAUUCUGAAUCUGAGAACGAAAGCUCUGAUGAAGAGGCUUCGGGCCGAGGUGACACUCCGCCUCGCUCCCCUACUCCAGAAAUUUCGGUUCGCUCUUCUCCUCCUUCACCUCAACCUAUUUCAAUCCCAGUAUCCAUCCCUCCUAUCUCACCAAUUAACUCCUCUCAACCAUUCACUACAAUUCCUAUUCCCACUCCCAUUUUCACAGAUACAACCACCACCACUACUACCACAAAACCUGACUUUACUGUUCCCAAUCCACCUGUAACUGAACCCCCUGUUACAACCGAACCUCCACCUUCUUCAAAACCCUUAUCUCCCACACCAUCUACUGAAACAACCCCUAUUUUAGGCAGUGAGGACUUGGAAUUCGAUUCCACAUAUUUCAGUCCUUUUCAAGUGCAGAGCAAUGAUGAUGACGAUGAGCCUGUUACAAAACGUCAUCUCAAGGCAGUAAACGACAACCUUGAUCAACUGCUCUUAUCCUCUUCCUAUGGUGCCUAUUCAGACGUUGCCUUAAAGGCCUUGUUCUCUUCGGUCGUUGCCGAAUACAGUGCUACUCUGUCUGCUGCAGCCAAAGCUAUCGAAGCCUCCACUUCCCAAUGUCAACAGGCUUCUCUCGCUGUUGAUGCCUCUACUAAGGAGUGCAAGGAUGCGACCACCAAAGUCGAUAAACUAGUCUCAGAAGCUCACUUAUUUCUAGACUCCUUACAGGUUGUUGCUGCCAAAAAGGCUCAAAUUGUCAAUGCUUCAGUAGAGAAUCUUCAAAAGUCUCUUCAAUCUGAGCGCUCGAACCUUGAAGCGGCACGCCAAGCCAUUGAAGAAGCCAAUGAAAUGCUCCAUGCUAAUGUCAACGAACGCUUAACUCAACUAGAAGUGGACUUAGCUAUGGAAAAUCGGAUUAUGGAUGAGCUCGACAGACGUACAACCCAGCUUAAAUUGGAAACACACAAGCUGCGUACUGCUAAUGCUGAGAUUGAUAACCUCAAGUCAGAAAGGGAGGUCAUUAGGAGUUUUGCUGCAGAUGUUCACUCCAUCCUUCUUCAUCUUAUUGAGGCUCAUGAUCUGAUCAUCACCAUAACUGUCAGACGUCAUUUGGCGGACAAGCUCAAACCGGCACUAGACGUUUUCAGCCGUAUCGAGGGUGUUUCGGUGACCGGGGUCCAACCGAAACAAGUAGGAGAGCAAGUGUCAAAGCAACCUCCUGCUUCUGAAUCAAAAGCAUCUGCUGAACCGAAGGGUAAUGAAGCUUCGGUCAGUAACAAAGAUAAAAAGAAUUAG